AUGGAUGAAAAACGGGUCGAUUGUGCUGAUUUGUUAGCAUUUCAGGACAUGUUGAGUGAAUUACGACAGGUCGAUGACAAAAUAUUGUUUGAACUAAAUACUGCACUGCCUAGCGAAUCAUUUUCCGUCAAUGUGGACAAAGGCGAGAAAUGUCGUGCUAUUUAUAAGAAGUUGUUAACCAUGAGAGUUAAAAGAAUGAAUUUGAUACAACAUUGCAUCGACAAAAAUCAAACGAACAUUGCUCGUCUACGAAAAGAAAAAUCACCAAUAGGAGAUAUUCGCAAUGCUCAAAAUACGCUCCGAGUUAUCCGAUCAGAAAUGGAUGUUGAAAGUAUUGUUAAUGAGCGGAGUGAAAAAGCCGUCCAUGACCGGUGUAGGACCUUCUUGUGA